CACAUCCUCACCGUUUUAUAUGCGGAGUGUGACGUGUAAUUAGCACCGUGAACAUUUGCCUGCAACAUAGGACGACUGCAUCCGCACGCCCCUCGAAAUCCUUAACAAAUCUCUCGCUAUAGGCUAGUCAGGGAAAAGUGCGGACACGAGAGAUGCAGCUGGGCCACCAUGUGCACGCAAAUAGUCACAGGUUAUACUGCGUGUGACUGCGAGUCACGGUCAUAAGGGUUACAAGGACACUGCACGCGAUUGGUUUAUUGGCAAAGGAGGUGGUACCAAAAACGCAAGGGGAAUAAGAGUCCGCCAUCUUUAUGUGGCAGCCUAGUGCUGCCACCUGCUUCUUAAACGAGAACUACGCUUGAAAUUUGAAUCGACGAGUAUCCGCCAUCUUUGUGUAUCCCGAACUGCUCGUUGCGAUACUGAGACAUUGAAACAGUAGCGAAACAACGUGGGAGUGCAAAAGAUGUAACGUUCCAUUAUAAUAUGUACCAAAAUGCUUCGAAAAAUACCAUUGAAAAAAGCAAAUGGUGGCGCUUCUUGUGACAGAAUCUCAAAGCUCCGCACAGCGCCGAACCUUAUGCAGGUAAAACAUUUGAAACUGGUACUAGAAAGGAAAUUUUCUAGACAAUUACAGAAUUACCAACCAUUACACGGAGCUUACAGAUUCUACCACAGACGGCAUCAUAAUCGAUCAUAGGUAUCAUAGAGUAAGAUAUCCGAUCAAUCGGAUCGGCAUCAUAGAGUAAGGUGUUAGAUGGGACGGAAUAAUAAUUAACGAAUUAGCGGGUGACAUUUGAUGUGCAAUGGUUUAUGCGAUGAUUUUAUGUUUAUUUUAUAACCACGAAUUCCUACUGUAAACGAAAAGUCUAAGUUAAAUUAUACAUAACGUGAAACGGUGUGUGUGUGGGACAACUUGAAGCAGUGUUAUUAAUUUUAAAAAUGGUGGAUCACUCGAUACCGUCGGACAUUCUUGACGAUCUCAGCAGUCGAUUCAUCAUCAACGUGCCCGAAGAAGAGCGGAAAGAUUUAGUUCGUAUAUGUUUUCAAAUUGAACUGGCUCACUGGUUUUAUUUAGAUUUUUAUUGUACAGAAGAAAAUCCCAAACUUAGACCAUGCAGUAUGAGAGAAUUUGCUACGCACAUAUUUUUUCAUAUACCGUUUUUAAAACUCCAUGUAGCUAACAUAGAUAAUAUUCUUGAAAAAUGGCGAGAAUACAAGCAAAAUGUUCCCACAUUUGGAGCUAUUGUAUUGAACGAAGACUUAACUAAAGUACUGCUCGUACAAAGUUACUGGGCAAAAAACAGUUGGAGCUUUCCGAAAGGCAAGGUCAACGCGGACGAGGAUCCUGCUCGUUGUGCUGUACGAGAAGUUUUAGAAGAGACCGGCUUUGACAUUUCGAAUCUGAUAGACGAGAAUGAAUAUAUCGAGUCGAUGAUAAAUGAACAAUUAGUGAGAUUAUAUAUAAUAUCUGGUGUUCAGAAAGAUACAAAAUUUCAACCGAAAACAAGGAAAGAAAUAAAAAAUGUGGAAUGGUUCUCUUUAGCAGAUUUGCCAAACAACAAAAAGGACUUGACACCAAAAGUAAAAAUAGGAGUUGGUCCGAAUGCAUUUUUUAUGGUAAUCCCAUUUGUAAGGAGAAUGAGACGUUGGAUACAAGAAAAACAUUUACGUGAUAAAAUUAAAACCACGUUACGAAGACAUAGACAUAAAUCUCUUGGCGAUGUUGAAAGUGUUUCAAAGAGCAAACGACAACAGCAGCAACAAACACAACAACAACAGUUAUUUAAUCAGUCUGCACAAAGUGACAUCACAAGUAUUAAGGACUUUAUAAAUUUUCGGCAAUCCAAUACCUCACCUGCUCGAAAUCGGGUAUGGGUCAAAUGUCCACGGCGUGCAUAUGACAAUUCGUACGAUAAUAAAACUACCGCAUCGAAAACGGGAAUUAAACGUAAUUUAUUCGGCGAACAAAAUGAUGACGAAAGUUCGUCUGCUCUUGCUAAACAAUUGGCAGACAGUCCACGAAGUCAAUCAACUUGUUCAUUUCUAAUGGAUCCAGCCAUUCAGUCUAUGAAAUGCAAUGAGUUCGGUUACGAAGCGCAAGCCUUCAUGAAAGAUCAGGUAUCUCCACUUGAGGUAUCGCAAAACAUCGAAAUGUCCGAGGGAAAUCUAAAAGAUUUAUUAUUUGACAAAGCAGUGAACAAAUUACCGACAGAUUUAAAGACUUGUUCCCCGUUCGUUGCAAUGGAUUACAGUGCCCGAUUUGAUUCGACAGACGAUUUCGAAACUCGGGAAUAUUCCAUGCAGCUGGGUUCAAUAAUUUGGGAACACUUCAAGUUCGAUAAACAAGUAAUAUUGAAUUGUUUGUGAAUUGAUUUUAAAGAAACGAUUGUUAUGGUUUUUUAAAGAAGAAAAAGAGCCACGUUCUACAAGUUGUAUUAACUUUUUAUGGUAUUUAUAUAUAUGUAUAGCUAUAUGUAUAUACAUAUACGUAUAUAUAAAUUUGCGAAGAAUUACGUAUAAAAAUUUAUAAUUAAAUAUAAUUUUAAACACUUGUGAUCUCAAAGCAGUUUCUCAACGAAACUGUAUUUUGUUCUUGUAGAAUUUUCUAAUGUACAGUAAGAAUAACGGUAAAGUGAACACAUUGUUGACUUAUAACGGAUAUUACGUAUUUAACUUUUUCGUUUAUUCUUCAACGAUGUGUCUACAGUAACUUAAUUACGAUAAAAAAAACGAUACACCGACGUAAUUGUCGAAUAAGUGGAGAUCACUAAAAAAGAUACUACAUAUAAUGUUUUAAAGAAAUAGUUCGUUUUAUAUGUACUUGAUUGGUACACAAGGAAAUGAUUGUGCAUAUACAUCGUUAGCAACAAAUUAUGAAAUGUUUAUUUAAAAUAGAUUAGAAUUCUUGAAAAAGAUUAUACAGAUUGGAAGAACUACCGCAAGAAUAGUAAUGAAAUACAAUGAUUUUUUCGCAAGGAAA